AUGGAAAGAGAGAAAGGAGGAGAGAGAGAAAGGAAGAGAGAAAGGAAGAGAGAAAGAAGAGGGAAAGAAGAGAGAGAAAAAGAGAGAAAGGAAGAGGGAAAGGAAGAGGGAAAAAAGAGAGAAAGGAAGAGCGAAAGGAAGAGGGAUAGGAAGAGGGAAAGGAAGAGAGAAAGGAGGGAAAGGAAGAGAGAAAGGAAGAGGGAAAGGAAGAGGAAAAGUAAGAGAGAAAGGAGGGAAAGAGAGAAAGGAGGGAAAGGAAGAGGGAAUGGAAGAGGGAAUGGAAGUGAAAAAGGAGGGAAAGGAAGAGGAAAAGAGAUAAAGGAAGAGAGAAAGGAAGAGGGAAAGGAAGAGGGAAAAAAGAGAGAAAGGAAGAGAGAAAGGAAGAGCGAAAGGAAGAGAGAAAGGAAGAGCGAAAGGAAGAGGGAAAGAGAGAAAGGAAGAGAGAAAGGAAGAGCAAAAGUAAGAGGGAAAGGAAGAGCAAAAGUAAGAGAGAAAGGAGGAAAAGAGAGAAAGGAAGAGAAAAAGGAGGGAAAGGAAGAGGGAAUGGAAGAGAAAAAGGAGGGAAAGGAAGAUGGAAAGGAAGAGGGAAAGAAAGACAGAAAGGAAGAGGAAAAGAGAGAAAGGAAGAGCGAAAGAGAGAAAGGAAGAGGGAGAGAGAGAAAGGAAGAGGGAAAGAGAGAAAGGAAGAUGGAAAGGAAGAGAGAAAGGAAGAGAGAAAGGAAGAGGGAAAGGAAGAGAGAAAGGAAGAGGAAAAGAGAGAAAGGAAGAGGGAAAGAAAGAAAGGAAGAGGGAAAGGAAGAGCGAAAGGAGGGAAAGUAA